AUGGCUGCCGCUUCUUCAAUGUCAGUUUCUGUAGAAUUUGUGAACAUAUGUAAGCUAUGGAAAGGGAGUGAUGUGAGUGGCGGAAAGUAUGACUGCAGUGUGCUGUCGUGUGCCUGGAAAGCUCCACGGACGUUAACUGGCUUCCUUGCAAGUACGCCACUUAGUACACCUCAUCCGCCGCUCCCUACUCAUAGGUUUUGCCGGAAUACGAGGAAGAAUCUGUUGGCAUGUGGAUGCGAAGCCCAUGAUUAUGGAGGAUCGAAUGAUGACGAAAACCCGAAGUUUAUGGUUGCAAAGAAGUUCUUGUUCUCGCAUUUGGUUGAUCGUCAUUGUAAUAAAUGGAAAUUAUGUUGUUCACCAUUCAUGUUUUCAGACUCUUCUGAGGUCACUCCAGAUAGUUUGUGGGAGGAUCUUAAACCCAGUAUUUCAUAUCUUUCUCAAAGGGAAUUGGGAUUGGUCCGUGCGGCGUUAGAUCUAGCAUUUGAAGCGCAUGAUGGUCAAAAAAGGCGUAGCGGAGAGCCUUUUAUCAUCCAUCCAGUAGCAGUUGCACAAAUUCUGGGGGAGCUUGAAUUGGAUUGGGAGUCUAUUGCUGCUGGCUUAUUGCAUGACACUGUAGAAGAUACACAUUUAGUAACCUUUGAAAGAAUAGAGGAGGAAUUUGGACCUAUUGUUCGCCAUAUCGUAGAAGGAGAAACUAAGGUUUCUAAACUUGGAAAGCUCAAGUGUAAGGAUGACAAGCUUUCUGUACAAGAUGUCAAGGCAGAUGACCUUAGACAAAUGUUCUUGGCCAUGACUGAGGAGGUCCGUGUUAUUAUUGUAAAGUUGGCUGAUCGAUUGCAUAACAUGCGUACACUUUCUCACAUGCCUCCACACAAGCAGGCAAGUAUUGCAAUGGAAACGCUUCAAGUAUUUGCGCCUCUAGCGAAACUAUUAGGAAUGUACCAAAUCAAGUCAGAAUUGGAAAAUCUAUCAUUUAUGUAUACGAACGCCCAAGAUUAUGCUAAGGUCAAAAGAAGAGUUUCAGAACUCUACAAAGAACAUGAGAAGGAAUUGAUGGAGGCAAAGAAAAUGCUAAUCAAGAAGAUUGAGAAUGAUCAGUUCUUAGGUCUUGUGACUGUGAAGACUGAAGUCAGAUCAGUAUGCAAGGAACCUUACAGCAUCUACAAAGCCAUACUGAAAUCUAAUGGAUCGAUAAAUGAAGUCAACCAAAUUGCUCAGCUACGGAUCAUUGUUAAACCAAAACCAUGUGGUGGAGUGGGGCCUUUGUGCAAUUCACAACAGAUUUGCUACCACGUGCUAGGACUGGUGCAUGGGAUCUGGACCCCUAUUCCUCGAGCUAUGAAGGAUUACAUAGCCACCCCGAAGCCUAAUGGCUACCAGAGUCUUCAUACGACCGUAAUUCCAUUUCUUUAUGAGAGCAUGUUUAGACUUGAAGUCCAGAUUCGCAUUGAAGAGAUGGAUUUGAUAGCUGAGAGAGGCAUUGCCGCUCACUACAGUGGCAAAGUUCUUGUUAAUGGUUUAGUUGGACAUGUGAUUUCCACCGGUAGUUCAAGAGGAAAAACAAUUUGCCUUAAUAAUGCUAAUGUUGCUCUCAGGAUUGGCUGGCUGAAUGCAAUUAGAGAAUGGCAAGAAGAAUUUGUUGGGAAUAUGAGUUCAAGAGAAUUUGUGGACACCGUAACAAAAGACCUGUUGGGCAGUCGAGUUUUUGUAUUUACACCAAGGGGAGAGAUUAAAAAUCUUCCAAAGGGGGCUACUAUCAUUGAUUAUGCUUACAUGAUUCAUACUGAAAUUGGAAACAGAAUGGUGGCAGCAAAGGUCAAUGGGAACCUUGUCUCACCAUUACACAGACUGGCAAAUGCUGAAGUUGUCGAGAUAAUAACCUACAAUGGCCUAUCGAGCAAAUCUGCUUUCCAGAGACAUAAACAGUGGUUGCAACAUGCAAAAACCCGUAGUGCACGGCACAAAAUAAUGAAGUUUCUCAGAGAACAAGCUACACUUUCAGCUGAUGAAAUUACUGCUGACUCGGUGAAAGAAUUCAUUGAUAAAUCUGAAGAUGAAAUAGAAGUCUUGGAUUCUUCUAAAGGAACCAACCAGCCAUGGGAUCGAAUCCUCAAAAAUGUUGUGUCAGCAUCACCGGCAAUGCUGAACUGUAGUGCAUUUCAGCUUCCAGCAGUUAGUAGUAGUUCACUGACCCCCAAGGUGAAUGGGAAACAUAACAAGCAAAUGCAGCAUGUGAGUUUGAUGGCUGCAGGAGAGUCUUUAUCACAAGGGAAUGGAAUUGCCAAGAUGAUACAGGCUAACAUUCCAACGUAUAGAGAAGUAUUGCCUGGUUUAGAGAGCUGGCAAGCGGCAAAGAUUGCCUGCUGGCACAACCUUGAAGGACAUGCCAUCCAGUGGUUAGGGGUCGUUUGUAUAGAUCGAAAAGGCAUGAUGGCAGAUGUCAGUUCAGCAUUGGCGGCUGCAGGCAUCGCAAUCUGUUCUUGUGUGGCGGAGGUUGACCGAAGGAAGGGGAUGGCUAUCAUGUUAUUUCACAUUGAAGCAGACCUUGAUAAUUUGGUGAGCUUCACAAACACCCUGAAAACAUCAGUCAUCUCUUAUAGUAUUUACUCGUGUUUAUGGCGUAUUGAGGCUUUGUUUGAUUUGCCAGAUCUGUGGAUGCUCGAAGAUAGAUGUUGUACUAGGUGUUUUGGGGUGGUCCACGGGUUGUAG